AAAUGCUGAGCUCACCGCUCCCCCUGCCCCCUCCCCCGGCACAGGGCUCCUCCUGCUGCCCGCUCAGUGCCCAGGCAGAGCAGACAGACCAACAGAAGGGGAGGCUCUGUGGGACACCAUGUCAUCCUAUCAGAAGGAACUGGAGAAGUAUCGGGACAUUGAUGAGGAUGAAAUUCUGAGAAGCCUCAGCCCUGAGGAGCUGGAACAGCUGGACUACGAGCUACAGGAAAUGGACCCUGAGAACAUGCUCCUGCCAGCCGGGCUAAGGCAGCGUGACCAGACCAAGAAGAGCCCCACGGGGCCCCUGGACCGGGAAGCCCUGAUGCAGCACCUGGAACGGCAGGCCCUGGAGACUAAGGAGCGGGAUGACCUGGUGCCCUUCACGGGAGAGAAGAAGGGGAAACCGUUCAUCCAACCCAAGAGGGAAAUCCCUGUGGAAGAACAGAUCACUUUGGAGCCCGAGUUGGAAGAGGCUUUGGCCAAGGCCACAGAUGCUGAAAUGUGUGAUAUUGCAGCCAUUCUGGGCAUGUACACACUGAUGAGUAACAAGCAGUACUACGAUGCCAUCUGCAGUGGAGAAAUCUGCAACACCGAGGGCAUCUCCAGUGUGGUACAGCCUGACAAAUACAAGCCAGUCCCAGAUGAACCGCCAAAUCCUACGGACGUCGAGGAGACGCUGAAGAGAAUUCAGAACAAUGACCAGGCGCUGGAGGAAGUGAACCUCAACAAUAUGCAGGACAUCGCAGCCUCCACUCUGAUUGAGCUGUGUCAGGCGAUGAAGGGGAAUACCCACGUCCGGAGCUUCAGUCUGGUGGCUACACGAAGCGGGGACCCCGUAGCCAAUGCCGUAGCAGAGAUGCUGCGAGAGAACAAGAACCUUCAGAGCCUCAACAUCGAGUCCAACUUCAUCAGCAGUUCGGGGCUCAUGGCCGUGCUAAAGGCUGUUCGGGAGAAUUCCACACUCACUGAGCUAAGGAUGGAUAACCAGCGUCACUGGCCAGGGGAUGCUGUAGAGAUGGAAAUGGCCGCCAUGCUGGAGCACUGCCCAGCCAUCGUACGAUUUGGAUACCACUUCACACAGCAAGGACCGCGGGCUCGGGCAGCUCGAGCAGUGACCCGGAACAACGAAUUACGUCGGCAGCAGAAGAAGUCAUAACGCCAUCCUUCCCUAUUGUUUAAAGCUGGGACCCCUGGAUGCGGAAUGCCCAUCUCCCCUUCCUGUAAAUAAAGGUCUUUUUGCCCACUU